GCUUUUUUUUUAAUAAUUAGCUCAUUAUAUUUCUCUGAAAGAAUAAUUUGAUUUUCCUAAUAAAAGUUUAUUCUGAAAAGUGUUACCAUUAGAAUAAAACAACGUUGAAUAUCAAAAAAUAAACAUACAUAUAUUUUCCUUAUUCACAGGCGCCAAUUUACCGUUAGCACAUAGAAAGGAUUGAAGACUUAUUUAAAAUUCAUCAUGAAAAGGAAUCUUUAAUGUGAUAACUGAUAUAUAAAAGGACUAUUGAAGAAAAUAUAAUAAAUUUUGGUGAAGACACUAAAUAAGCAAUGAUUAUGGAGAAGGUGCUUUUUUAUUUUGUGGCUCUGUCAUGGGCAUCUACAUCACUGGCACACGAAGAAGUGCCAUUCAACACAUCCAUCAAGUUCAACUUGAAAAACAAUGAGUACUUGACAGAGAAAAUAAUUCCGGAUAUUCAGUUUGUUGUUCAAAAACAACUGAAUGAUAAAAAAUUCGAAACACUAAAUAUGUUUCUGAUCAUUCUCAAGAAUUCAUUAAUUGAUAGCGGCUACAGAGUCACAAAGGAUAUCCCAUUUACAAUAAUCGUACCUAAAGUGGAUACAAAAAGUGUUGACAAGAAUCGGUUAAGAGAAUUUUUGUUGGAACACAUCAUACCGGGCAUAGCUUUUCAGACAUUCACCGAUGACGAUAUAUAUGGCAAUGGAAAUUAUCACAAAUUGAUGUUCACAAAACUACAAAAAGAUGAUGAAAUGCAGUGGUUUAUAAAUGGUGUAAAAAUCUUACGCAUGGAGAUCAUUAAUGAUCGAAUGUCCGUAAUCUUUAUAGAUGGUCUUUUGGGGGAUAAACGAAGUACUACAUACUCGAAAAGAAAUAUUCAAGAGACAAAUCGUUAUAAUGAACCCCAACGUUUAGAAAUGAAAAAUACUACUAAGCAUGAAACUAUAGUCGCAAAAGACAACAAGAUAUCCCCGUUGAUGACGUUUCUAGCUGGGAUGAAAACAGGCACCAAAGUAUUUCAGCAUUUCUUGACUAAGAGUAACUUGUCGCAUUAUCUAAACGACGCGCAUUAUGUUGUACUCAUUCCCACGGAUAAUGCAUUUCAGCGAUGGCAUCCAAUUGACUGGGGAUUCUAUCCAUUCAGCGUACAAGAGUUUACUGAGAGUGUGUUGCGAAAUCACUUUAUUCAACUCAAAACGCCACUUCGCAUGGAAGAUAUUAAACGUAUUCAAGGUGAACGAAAGCUUAAAACUCUUGGAGGAGAGACAGUCGCCUUUAGGAGCUUUCCUACUCCUAAUAUCAACAAUGUGACUAUUCUUUCGGAUCAUUCCCUUUCAAAUGGGAAUCAGGUGUUUCUAAUUUCUGAAGUACUUUUUGUAUCCGAAGCUAUUGUCUCGCGCCUGCAUCAAAUGCACAAAGACAAGGAGACACCACCUCUGUUAGCCUUUCCUUGGUUUGGCGCUCAAUUUCUAUCUCAUUCCUUCCUUGCCCUCGAGCGUGACAGUCGAUUUACACAAAUUACAAGAAUCCUCAACAUAGCUGAAAUUGCUCCUUUUGUUUCUGGCUCCAACUAUACGUUUUUUGUGCCAAUGGAUUGUGCUUUUGAGAAGCUUGGUUAUACCGUUUUGCCAGAUAAUGUUCUCACAUCAGAAGAAGGAAUACGUAUGCUGCUAAAUCACUUUGUACGUGGUCGUCUCUAUGAUCGAGACUUACGCCAUAAUGAAGUAUUUGAAACUGUGGGUGAAGGAGCGAUUCGUAUAGAAAGAUCUGUAUCAGGAAAUGUGACUGUAAACAAUGCUAAUAUUAUUGAGAAGGAGCACUUUGUGUACAAUCUGGGAACAAUGUUCUAUAUAGAUAGCAUUUUAUAUUCGGAAUUGGUACAAGGAAGUUUUACUACAACAGAAUCACCUUCCCCAACUUUUUCACAGGAAGUUCAGACUGUGAAAAACAAUAUGACUGUUGAAGAAAGUAUCGAGGGGAAGAGGGAGAACGAGGAACCGAGUUUGAUUGAAGAUGAUAUUCUUUUCGAUGAAGAUAUUACACCCAGGGCACUUCCUGUACGAUUUCAGGUAAAAUCUCCGAAAUAAACAACAACGAAAUCAAACACUAAUUUUUUAGGCAUUUCCUAAUGCAGAUAAUAACGUAUAAUUCCUAGUGAUUAUCUCUGUCCGACAGAUUUUCCUUUAAAACCUUUUUAAUAUGUUUUGCAAAUAGAUUUAAAUUUGUUGUAUAAUAUAAUUACGAGCGAAUACCAAAAUUAGAAAAUAUAUAGUGGAUUGCAACAACAAAGAUGUGAUUAAUUUUUUAUUUUACUAAGGAUUCCGUCUUAAAGAUGUAUUCCAAUAAAAUUUUAAACUAUUUUGUAUGCAUGGUUAAUAUGAGAUAAUAACAAUUAUAUAUAAAAAUAUACAGUCUUUGCUAUGUAAGUUGGAUAUAUACAAUAUCAAUUUUAUUUAUGUAACUUACAGUAAAGAAUUUCGUUUAGCUCGUUAAAAAAACUCAUAAAUUUUUUUCUUUUGCGUUUUUGUAAGUAAGGCAAGCAUAACAUCCAAAUUUGUUUAUUUCGGUACAAAAAAAAUAUUUUAGUAUAUAUAUAUAUAUAUAUAUCAACAGAUUUUACUCAUUAAUUGUGUAUGAAAUUAAGAAUAGUAUAAUAUAUAUGCUACUGGCAAUCAUUUUUUUAAGUGCGACUAUGUUUAGAAUUUGAACUAAACACGAAGCAACAUUUAUUUUGUAAUUGAAUGCACAUUACCAUUUAAAACUACGUAAUUUUGAUGAGAUAAAUUGAAAAAAAAAGUCCGAAUGAUACAGUAAAAGUCAAUGAUGACAAAGUAAAAGUAAAUAAAGAUUAGUAAGAACAAAAGAAGAAUAACCAUAUAAUAUCCAUUAUAUCUCACGAUUUUCUAAAAUUCUUGUUCUCUCUGUACGAUUUUUGUAUGAUCUUAAGCAUUACUUUUCUCAAAAAUAAAUUACGUGUUAGAUAAAUAUCUACAUUUUUUACUG